CCGCGCGCCUCUUUGGCAGCUGGUCACAUGGUGAGGGUGGGGGUAAAGGGGGCCGCUCUAGCUUGCGGACUGUGUCUAUGGUCGGGCCCGUAGCGUCCAGCUGUCCCGGACCGAGCUCGAGUGUAUGGCGCCGCAGGAACCGGCUCCGGGGCCCCGAUAACGGGCCGCCCCCGCAGCUCCAGACACGGGGUGAGGAGUCUCUGUGAUUGUAGGGUCUCCUCUGGUCUGAGAAUGGCUACCCCUCGAUAUGAGCCAGUGGCUGAGAUUGGUGUUGGUGCCUAUGGGACGGUGUAUAAGGCCCGUGAUCCCCACAGUGGCCACUUUGUGGCCCUCAAGAGCGUAAGAGUCCCCAAUGGAGGAGGUGCUGGAGGGGGCCUGCCCAUCAGCACAGUUCGUGAGGUGGCUUUACUGCGGCGGCUGGAGGCUUUUGAGCAUCCCAAUGUUGUGCGGCUGAUGGACGUCUGUGCCACAGCCCGAACUGACCGGGAGACCAAAGUGACCCUGGUGUUUGAGCAUGUGGACCAAGACCUAAGGACAUAUCUGGACAAGGCACCCCCGCCAGGCUUGCCAGUGGAGACCAUCAAGGAUCUGAUGCGCCAGUUUCUAAGAGGCCUAGAUUUCCUUCAUGCCAACUGCAUCGUUCAUCGAGACCUGAAGCCAGAGAACAUUCUGGUGACAAGUGGUGGGACAGUCAAGCUGGCUGACUUUGGCCUGGCCAGAAUCUACAGCUACCAGAUGGCACUUACACCUGUGGUUGUUACACUCUGGUACCGUGCUCCAGAAGUUCUUUUGCAGUCUACAUAUGCAACACCUGUGGACAUGUGGAGUGUUGGCUGUAUCUUCGCAGAGAUGUUUCGUCGAAAGCCUCUCUUCUGUGGAAACUCUGAAGCUGACCAGUUAGGCAAAAUCUUUGACCUGAUCGGACUGCCUCCAGAGGAUGACUGGCCCCGAGAUGUGUCUCUACCCCGAGGAGCCUUUUCCCCCAGAGGGCCCCGCCCCGUGCAGUCGGUGGUACCUGAGAUGGAAGAGUCUGGAGCACAGCUGCUGCUGGAGAUGCUGACUUUUAACCCACACAAGCGAAUCUCUGCCUUCCGAGCCCUGCAGCACUCUUAUCUACAUAAGGCAGAAGGUAACCCAGAGUGAGCCAUGGAAUGGUUGCAACAGAACCAGGAGAAGAGAAGCCAACAUUUCCCUUCCUUUGAACAUUUGAGUGGAGAGCCCCCCACUAAGAAGGUGAUCUCUGCCUUCAUCUCUGAGGCUAUGGAGACGACUCCAACUUUUUAUAGAGAAUAUUUUGCUGCCUUAAUGACAUUACCCUCCCACCCCUCCUUUUGAGGCUUAUCCUUCUCUUGCCCCCUCUGUGUCCUUACACCAAGGGGUAUGUCCCUUGUUCUUCCCCUUCCCUAUACCUUGAUAUUGGGAUCCUUUUUUAUACAGGAAAAACAACAAAACAAAGAAAUCUGGUCUUUUUUUUUUUUUUAAUGUUUCUUUCUCUGGUUGGCUUUGCCGUUUGGGGAUUUGAAAAAACCAUUUGGAAGAUGGAACUUCCCUGCACAUUCUCCUUAGGUCACAGGGCCUACAUAGUCAGUGGAGCCCCUCAACUAACUAAAGAGAAGAAAAGGCACUUACGUUGCUUCUUUGAUUAUGGAGUUUGAAUGGUUUUUAUUUUUGUAUUCACUGAACUUCCCCAAACCGAGUCCUGCUUAUUACAA